AUGCGAAUUUCGCCGUUGACGAUCUCGCCCUUCGGGAUUGAGUGUAUCUUUCAGCUCCUCGUAAGCGCCAAUACAAUCUUUCACGGCGACCAUGAGAUCUGCGAAUGUUGCAGCGAGGUCGGUGAGCAGAUUAAGUGGGCGAGUGGCGAGGAGCACGAACAAGUCGGGACGGUGAAUUGUAGACAUGAUGGCCGUACGCGGCUGGUGGGGCAGCGCGCUAGCGGCCGACGCGGCGUUGAGGUGAAGGCAGUUCCCGGGAAGGCGAUAGCGGCGACGCGGGGUCUUCGGAGUGGUGACGCUGGGGUUGUUGAUUUCAGAAAGAGAAUGGGAACCAGAUACUGUUUUGUGGAGGCUGUGGCAGAACUAUCCAUGAUAGGGAGCUCUCAAGAUCCUUCGGGGAGAAACGCAAGUGGAGGGCGGGAGAGAUACCGAUGGGAAACAGGCGCAGCUGUGUCCGAAGAACAGCACAAGGACGCCGUACAGCGGAUGGAAAUCUACAAGGCAUGGUUGCUCACCGCAAUGCGUGCCGAAUCUACCAGCGAGGCUGAACCGCUGGUUGUUCUUCCAAUCGGAAAUGUCGCUCCGAAUUAUAGGGAUGAGCCGUCGCCAUCGCCUCGCUGGCAGUCUGCGCUAGAUCAGCUUUUUCUACCACCUAUUUUGGGCACUCCCGAUAUUGCCAUACCCAUUGGUGAGGUGCCAUAUGAGUCGAAGAUCACCAAGUGA